AUGGACGAAGCCGUGAUCGAAGCCUUGCCCGAGGGACGAAAAUUCCUCUCCGUAGAGGAUUUCGGCACUAGCGCCUGGACUAUCACUGGAAGAAUCAUGGCGUUGGAACCUGACGGCACUGAAAAGGCGUACUUCUUGAAAGUAGCGUAUAGCGAACACGGUCGAAUCAUGUUCAACGACGAGUGGGAAUCUUCCAGGGAGAUAUACAAGCUCAUGCCUGACUUCAUUCCUGAGCCCUUCGGCUUUGGAAAGUACAAAGUCGAGAACCCUGCCACGUACUUCUACCUGUCCGAGUUUGUGGAUAUGGAUGUAACGACGGCGCCGCCGCCCGACGAGUUCACUGCAAGGCUAGCAGCCAUGCACAGAGACAGCCAGUCUCCCACUGGCAACUUUGGCUUCCAGGUUGCUACCUGCGAUGGAAAGAUGGCCCAUACAGUAGAUUGGCAGGAGAGCUGGGCAGAUUCUCUACCGAAAGCUGUUCCUCGGCAUGUGCAAGUUGAAUCUAGAGACCAACGGGCCAUGGCCUGA